AGGGCAGCGAGUGGGCGGCGAGGAGAAGGCGUGACGUGAGAAAGGACCAGCUGAUCAGCUGAUGAUAUUGAAGAACAAGGAGUGGAGUGCUUUUUUAAGUUUUGGGCAGCAUUUCCAGAGACCGGCUGCAGCAACCAACAUCAUUUUUGGUUUGCUUUGAAUGCGAUCAGAGAGAAAAAACAACAACCAUUACAAAUAAUGUUAAAGAAAUGGCCAGCAAAUCAACCUGAUGUAAUUUAAUAAGAUUAACCUUUUUUAAUUUCUGGUGUUUUAUAUACCUGUGUAUGAAUUCUGUUUUUAUUAUAAAACCUAUUUGCAGACAAAAAUUGCAAAUAAUUAACAUGUACGAAGUGGAAGUUAAAGUAAAAUUAUUAACUAAUUCGAGCGAUUAGAAAUUAUAAGAAGACAAAACACAUACACUGACUGUUAAUUGUAAAACAAUUUCAUUUUUAAUUAAUCAUUUUAAAGUUGAAUACAACGUAAACCCUUUUUUUUACUAACCUAAACGUAAAAACCUAUUCAGAAUGAACUACAUACAAUAUAUGUGCAUCGUAAAAGUAAUAAACAAAACAAAAAUAUAUAUGAAUAAACCUACUAUAUACAACUAUAUAUACUAUAUACAUAUUAAUUAUAACAUAUAACGAUUUAAAGGUAAAAUAAAUUUAAAUAUUGUAUUUAACAAAGUGUUGCACUUUCAAGCUAAAACAGAGAAGGAAAUAAGAGAAUUUAAAAUUAAGUGUAAAUGUUUGUCAGCACACAUACACAACACACAUGCGUACACUCCUAAAAAUUGUUGCAGAAAAAGUCCAUAUGCAACAGAGGUGAACGAACUCGAAAUGUCCAAACAUCCGGAGAAUUUACAUUCACAAUGGAGCACCAGAGAAGUAAAGUAAUAACCACAAAUAGAUUGUUUCGUUUGUUUUUCGUUCCCAUUUGAUGUCAUUUUGUGAAUAUGGCUUUUGUUCCUUCAUUAUUGUUGGUUUUCUUAUUGGCCAAUUAAAGGUGGGAUAAAAAAAAUCGCGAUAUUUAAUCGUUGUCGAAAGUUGUGUGUCGGUAUUGUUUUGAUUUUGACAGCUUAUCGAGCAUUUCUUUUGCCUUUUGUUCUUGCGUUUGUUUUUAUCAGAUUGAUUUUGGCUUCUCGACGUUUCGAUUAAAAAGAUCAUAGGAAUCACGAAAGAAACAAUAAUGUAAGGGUUAUAUUAUUUAAUAUAAUAAUAAGCUAACAACAUACGAAUGAUGCGCCAAAAUGCAAACCAAAAUCACUGACGAGAAUGCGUUUUUGUAUACAUUGUAUAGCUCUACAUACGUAUAUGCAUAAAAUAUAGCUCUAGGAGAAGAGAGAAAUGAACUAGAUACGUAUCAAUACUUUUGAUCUAUAAUUCUUACGAUUAAGUUUUCUCGAAUUUGUUUACGAAUCGGAAAUGUCGUCGACUGGUACCCAUAGUUAAGCUAAGAGAACAUCUAUUGAACAAACACACAGACUUGGUACACUCAGAUCCUUUUCUAACUACGCUAGAAGGCUAGAAUUUUAAAUGUGUUUUGUCCCAUACCCCCAAGGACCUCCCUGCUUUUCAAACCCCCUCAAAAUGAGAGUUGUUUUUAUGUAACGAAGUACUCUUAGCGUUUAAAGACUUGAAUGAUUUGAAAUAAGAUGAGAUUUAACAGAUAUCUAAGCUAAAUUCCUAAGACAAAACGAUUCCACCUAAGACACCUUUUUGUAAUGACUAAAUUUAUAUAGGACAAGACGGGGUAGAAGAACAACCAAAUAAAUAAAAGAUAAUGAAAUCAAUAAGAUUAAAGAUCAACAGGCAUAUAUAUAUACAUGUGUAUGUGGGUGGCAUGUUUUGUAUCUGUACUUCAAGUUAAUUUUUUAUCAUUUUUCUUAGAAAUAUUAGUAACAGUUUCAAAUUGAUUGUGUAGGAGUCGAAAGUUAAAGCGAAUUGAAAGAUAAUUGUUAAUGCCUGCAAGUUGAGAGACAAAUUAUGUAAUGCUUAGUUGGAACACCGCAAACUCAUUCAUUUUAAAGCCCGACUUUCGUUCGUUCUUAAGAAAAAAUUCGAAACGAGGUAUGUAUGUAUAUGGUAAUUUUAAAUUGUAACAAAUGCAGAGAAUAGUGAACAGAAACUAAUUUGUAUGUAGUUAAUAAUACUAAUGAUAAAUACAAAUAGACAAAAAUACGGAAAAAACACAGAAAAAAAGAGGAAAACUAAGCAAAAUAACCAAAAUAAUACAAAACUCAAAAAAAAAAUACAAAAUCGAGACUGUAAACGAAAGGUAACAUAAUGGAGCAGAUUAAGGCGAGACGAUGUUGAACAGAAAAAGGCUAAACAUAAAACUAUACAACUCGUAACUCGAAUAAAUCACUGAUGGAUAGGCUACCAACAUAAGUUCGUAUAAGGUUUUUGUUCAGACGAAAAUUGUACUAAAAUUGCAUUUCCUUCGUUUUUGUCUUAGCCAAUUUUGUACAUUAUGACAAGUAGAUUUCGUUUUUCCUGUUUUUGUUUAGUACAAAAGAAAAAUUUAAUCUAUCUAUACAUUACCAAGUCAACAACUUAAAAAUCAACAGGCUGCAUGGUACAUACAAAUACGAAACCGAAACUAGAUGAAGAAGAUUUAAGAGUUUGUAAGCCAAAAAGAAAACUUUCGAUGAAUUUGAAUUUUUUACCAACAGAAAAUAAGGAAACUGGAAUCUUAAACUGAUACUGAAAUAGGUAGUUUGUACGUUCGUACGACUUGCCAGAGACACAUAGAAACCUCCUAAAACUGCAUAUACAUAUAUAGGACUUACUUGUAAACCAGAUUGUAACGAUUUUAGGCAUAUAAGUGUUGCGACUUGGGUCUGUAAGGGAAACGGAAACUUGAAGGGAAACUGGAGAGAGCUACGUUUUGUCACUUUCCAAGCUUUCAUUUUGAAAUAAUUUCAUAGACUUUUCUACGUGUACUUUUAGAUCGAGAUAGCAAAGAAGUAAAUAGGAGUUUAACAUUAGCAUUUGAUGGCAGCUGGGGGAGCGAGGUACAGUGCUUAAGAUUAACAUUGAGGUCAGGAUUUAACUUAUCUUAACUUACAUACAUAGAUACAAGGACAUCAACAAAGAAAAAUAUUGAGAGUAACAAGAAAACUUUAAAAUGAAAUACAUAUAGCGUUGCAAGAUUUUAGUUUACGGUAAACUUAAAGAAAUUUUUUACAAUGUAUUUAUACAUACCUAAAUUUAAAUUUUAAAUUAAUUCUUUAAUGUAAUACGAACACAGUGCCUAAGUAAUAUCAAAACAAAAAUCGAAAAAUAAAAAGGAAAUAAGGAUUUAAAACAUACAAAACGAGAAUAAGAGCCGCAAGUAAGGACAUUGUUACUAAUAAUGCUACAACUUAAUCGAACCACUUUUAAAACAGCAGACAAACAUUUGAGGGACAGAAAUUCAGCAACUUAAAUAAGCCAACAAACACUUGCAUACAAAAUUUAUAAAUAUACAUACAUGUACUGGUGCAUAAAAACAAACGCAGACAAACACAUACACUAACUACGAAAAGAAGAACAAGAGCAGGAAACGGAAGCUGAGGCUGAAAGCUGAUAAGAAGUUAAUCUCCAAAAUGAAAUUGGCAAGAAUGUAUAAAUGUAACUCAAACAAAUAUGAAACGCAAAAGCGCCGAGUAAUUACUACACAAAUAAAUAAUGCAACGUACCCCCUACAUACGUCUCGUCACUCGCACAGGAUUUAUGUUAAACCCACAUAAAUACAUCCUUUCCUUCCCCCCGAUAUCCUUAAAGGGCUACUCAUUCAACAAAGUUUUAUUAUUUGAACGUGCCACGUACUCAAAAUGACAUCAAAUUGAAAAUUGAAACACUUUGUUUGCAUAUUGGAUUGGUCUAUUAAAAAAAAACCCUGAACAAAUAUUUUAAACUGAAUUGUUUUACGUUGGAUUCAUUUAAAAAAAAGAAAUACAAAAGAAGUAAAAACAAUAAGUAAACAAAUUAAUUAUACAUUUUGAAAUUAUAUUUAACGAACAAAAUUAAUGUAGUGUGUAAAAAACAAACAAAACAUGAAAGUAAAAACAAGUUUUAAGCAAAACAAAAUACUUUGAAUAUAUAUACAUAAAUUGCAAGUAAAUAGAAUAAAUGUCACUCACUCUUUUUAUUUAAGUCUUGAGCUGAUCGAUCAUUUUCGGGAUUGAGACAAUAUUCGAAUCAAAUAUUUGUUGAGCAUUUGAAAUUUCUGUUAAGUAAGAUAAAUAUUUUCGAAGAGAAAAAGCUCAAAUCUUUUUAGAUUUCAAUGCUGGAACUCGUAGUGCUUUUCCUCCUUAGUUCCGUGUCAUUUUUCGUUGCCCAAUUGGAGAGGCCAACCACAUUUUGGGGACAUUUCAAUGCCUCAUGUCCGAUUCUAAUGGGAACUCUCUCCGCUGGAUUGGUGUACAUUAAUAAAUAAAGGGCCUACCACUCCCAGGAAACCAGAUAGGAUAUUAUUUGAAAAAGAUGACUUUAUUUCGGCUAAGAGCUCAAAUUAAAAUGUAGUAAAUAAACUAUUCAAAAACAA